CCCUCCACAUGGGCUUCCACGGUUGCUGGGAGCUCCGUUGUCUCGGUCUCCCGGCUUCGCCCUCAAGUGUCCCCCGGGCUUCCCAGUCGCAUGGCGGUGUGCUCCAGAAGAUGCCUCUGAAACCCGCCGUCCUUCUUGCCGCCACGCUGCUGCUCUGGCCUAUACCUACCCGGGUACACCCCUAUGCAAAGGAACCUUACACUGAAGGAGAAUCAUCUGCUCCAGCUGUGAUAUCAGCUAUAGGUCCAGAUAUGGAGCUAGCAGUGAAGCUGGAUCUAGAACCAGUUCUGAUGCUAGAUGUGAAAUCUCUGGAGCCAGAGGCAAAACCAAUGAUAUCAGCUAUAAAACAACCGAGACCACUUAAGAAUCCAGCUAUGCCAUCAUUCUUGAAAGCCCUGGACUCAGGCUCAGAACCAAUCAUAAAGAAGCAAGCUACAACACCAUGUGGGAAGGGAAGACCACCUGUAACACAAACUACAAAAUCACAUCAGACACUGGUGGUGAUACCCACUCGAAAGAUACCUGGAGAGUCAACGUCUAUGAAAUCAACUCAGGGGCUAGGUGGGAGAGUGAUACUAAAACCCACUAGAGAAAUACCUGGAGUGUCAACCUCUAUGCAGUCAAUUGUGGGGUCAGGUGGGAGACUGGUGAUAAAACCCACUCGAGAGAUACCUGGAGAGUCAACAUCUACGAAGUCAAUGUCUAUGAAAACAACUCCUGAACCAAGUGGGGAACUGGGGCUAAAAUUCACUUUAGAGAUACCUGGAGAGCAAACGUCUAUUAAGCCAAAGGUGGGGCCAGGUGAGAGAGUGAAGCUAAAACCCACUGGAGAGUUACGUAGAGAGCCAACAUCUAUGAAACCAACUCAGAGGCCAAGUGGGACAGUGACGUUGAAACCCACACCAGAGCUACCUAAGGAGCCAACGUCUAUGAAACCAAUUAAAGAGCUAAACCUGCCUCUGGAAAACCAUGGGAAAUUGAAAGUAUUUGCAGAAAUAGAUAACUCUGUAUUCCAACUUAAACAAGUUGUAAGAGCACAACUUAUGAUGGUAGACACAUUAACAAAGAACAAUUCAAAGUCACAGUCAAACUCUUUGGCAACAGGGAAAUAUGAACCAUUGAAAAACCAAUUAGGGUAUAAAAAUAUGAUUGAAGAUCAAAUUUUGAAAAGUGUUUUAGAGACUAACAAGUUGAUAAAACAUGCUCUUGUGAAUACUAAACAGAACACUGAAUUAAAAAAUAAUGUGGAUUCUACUAAAGAAUCUCUAGUUCCAAACCUUUUUUCAGAAGCAGCAGAUUUAUCACAGAAGAAAUUAAAUAAACCACAGAAAAUAAGAGAAAGUGAUGAUAAUAAAGACAUUGCAUUGUUUAUUAAUUUUUUAUAUGAUAUUAAGGCAGAACUAAGUAUAUAUUUAAAUAUCAAUAAUAUUCCAUUAGAUAUUCGUGAUAAGGCUGCUACUUUAUUCACCAUUAUGGGAGAUAUAUUUUGUAAAAAUGAACAAAGAAGAAGAAUAAUUAAGAUAUUAUUAAAAGAUAAUUUAAGAAUGUUAAACAUACUUAACUCUCUAUUGCAUUAAUGACUAGGUUUUCAGUGACCUAUUCAUUUCUAAGAGAAACAUUUAAAUUUAUUCGCUAAAAUUUUAUAACUGGAUUUUGUAUUGUGUCUAUUAACAUCUAUAAUUUGUCAUGUAAUUUGAAAGAUUUCAAACAAAUAAUUAAAACAUACUAAUUUGAAUAC